AUGCGGCCGCGCGGACGUCCAUGGCGCGCGCCGGAGCCGCAGUGCGUGCGCCGCGCGAUGUCGGGGGGCCUGCCGUACGACCGGGUGCGCUGGGGGAGGGAGAACGUGCGGCUGGAGCACCGGGAGGGCAAGGGGAGGUGCCUGGUGGCGGCGCGGCCGGUCGCGCGUGGGAAGACGGUGUUCGUGGAGGACCCGUUCGCCGCGGUGCUGCACGACGAGGCGCUCGAGGACUACUGCGCCUGGACGUUCAAGAAGUCCGACUCGCUGAUGCGGUGCGCGAGGUCGAAGCUGUAUAGGUACUCGUCCCAGGACGCCCUCAAGGCCCACUUCGAGAACGGCUACAAGGAGGAGGCCAAGGCCCUCAAGCGCAGACUGCCCGCGACGACGACGACGAGGCUGGUGUCGUGCAUUGCGCGCGAGCUGCUGGGGCGCACGGUGCCGCUCAAGGAGGCGAUGGGCCCGCGCGGCGAGGAGGGGUACGCGACGCUCGUCCACGGCGCGAUGAGGGACUUUGCGAGCGACUGCAGGCUGUCGGACGACAUGAAGAUGGCGUGGGCGUCCAAGGCGCGGGUGUCCGCGGCGCUCGUCGAGGCGGGCGCGCCGGACUGCGACAAAGGUUCGGGGAUGGUGGCCCUCAGCGACGACGCGCGGGGCAAGCUGAUCAAGGGCUGCUACCACCUGAUGUGCGUCGUGCUGUGCAACUGCCACACGGUGUCCGACGGCCACGACGACGGCAUCGGCACCGCGCUCUACUUCCUCGGGUCCUCCAUGAACCACGACGACGACCCCAACGCCGUCCACGUGUUCCGCGGGCGGCAGCUGCACAUCGUCGCGGGGCAGGACAUCCGGCCGGGCGACGAGAUCUGCAUCGUGUACGAGGACCUCGAGCAGCUGGCGGCGCAGCGCCGCAUCGCGCUCCUGACGCCGCUCUCGCACAACUUCGACUCGUGCCCGCCGACCGUGCAGCCGCGCCCGCCCCUCGGCGUGCCGCCCGAGGCCGUCGACGCGUGGAAGCUCGGCUCCGUCGCGGACCGCUCGGGCCCCCCGGGCGCCGCCGGCUACGGCGCCGAGCGCGAGGAGGUCAUCCUCCACGACUGCCCGCUCAGCGAGGCGCUGUGGACGGUGGACCGCGACGAGCGGCUCACGCUCAUGGAGGGCCCCGGCGGCGCGACGUGCCACGUGGCGGUGCUGACGCCCAAGUGCCUGACGGUGCCGCCCGACGCGCUGUGCGGGCCGCCGCCGCCGCGGUACGUGCACGUCGCGCAGUGGUUCCGGCGGAGCGACGUCGCGGGCCCGAGGCUCCCCGAGAGCGAGCUGCGCUCGGCGGCGUCCGUCGCGCUGAUGAUGGGCAAGAUGAACGACGGGAUGGACAUGGCGUGCGAGUGGGGGCGGCACGACCUGCUCCCGCGCGCGGCGAUGGACGCGUUCAGGAGGACGCAGGAGCGGUGGAGGUGCGCGCCGGCGCACUUCCUGAUGCAGCGGGCGAAGCGCCAGAGCCUGGACCGCCUGGUGCAGUCCAAGUGGUUCAGGGAGGCGCUGGCGCCCGCGCGGGAGCGGGCGCAGGUGGAGCGCUGGGCGUGGCCCGAGGAGUGGCCGCUGCUCGGGCUGACGUUCGCGCGGCUCGCGAAGCUCGAGAUGCUGGAGGGGGACGCCGGCGCGGCGCGCGACGCGGCGCGCAGGGCCGUGCACCUCCUGGGCGACGCGAUGAGCGCCGAGGUCAAGGCGGAGGUCGACGGCGUGCUGGCCGCGGCGGCGGCGGCGGGCGCGAGCUGA